AUGGCUUCCUCUGACGCGACCGCUGCGCUAGCCGACUGCCAGGACCGCGAGAAGCUCACCCAGCUUCUGUCGACUCUCCUCGAGCCGAGUGCCGCCCUCCGUGACCUCCUCGUCCCCUCCGUUCUCGAGCGCCUGUCCGCCACGUCCGCCCCGCCCGCGAGCUAUGGUACGCUCGUCGACAUGUGUGCCGACGCAGCCAAGCAGUGGACCUAUGAGCAGAAGGCCGACUUUGUCUCUGGCCACCCCAUGAUCGGCGAGGUGAAGAACCUGAGCGCUCACAGCGCCAAGGAGCAGUCGAGCCAGCCCACCCGCCCGAUCGUUCUUGAGCGUCUCGCACACCUCAACCAGGUGUUCAACACCGUCUUCCCCGGCCUCCGCUUCAUCACUUUUGUCAACGGCCGCCCACGAAACGUGAUUGUCAACGAGAUGGAGACUUCCAUUGGCCUCGCUGUCUCGCCCGACCCCCUUCCGGAGUCAUUUGCGGCCAGCGAGCCUGCAGUGGACAGCGAUGUCAUCCAGCAGCUCGUGCGCGCUCAGGACUCUGUCCAGUGGAAGGCCGAGUGCGACCGCGCCGUCGCCGACGUCUGGAGGAUCGCACACGCCCGCCUCGGUGCCAUGGGCCUCAACUGA